AUGCUCAACUUCCCCCCAGAAGUUCUUCUGCUCAUAUUUGACACCCUGGGACCGUCAGACUUGAGCAGGACGGCAAGAUGCUGCAGGUUCUACCAUGCGCUCGUCACGCCCAGACUAUACGAGACCUUGCGGAUUCGAGUGAGGUCUGGGAUGCAUGACCAGCGGAUGCCAAAACUUCUCAGCACUUUGAUGCGGCCCUCUUACCUCCAUCAGUUGAUUCGGCGCGUUGAGGUUGUGGUAGAUGACGAUUGCCUGUGGACGCGCGAGACCUCCACGCUGUUGAGCAUCAUGCUGAAGCACAUCCUGAGUUCGCCUAAUGCGUCGACAGCGAUUCGGUCAUAUAGUUGGACUGCUGCGUAUUCCUUCACCGGGCUCGUCUUCCCUAAUCUACGACAGCUCGACUGUGGUGCCGUCGGUCCACAGAGCAUCGAGUGGGUGCGGUGGCAUCUCAAUCACUGCGUGUCGUUAGCGGAAGUCCACCUCUCAUUCACACUGUCGUGCAACCUGACACAAGCGAGGGCUGCGGCUCUUUUGAACCACGCCAAUUUCAGCAGAGUCAAGCGAUUAAGCCUUGCGUUUACCAACGUGGCUCUGUUUGAUCCGAAGAACGUACCUGCCCUGAAGUCACUCGACCUAAGGUACUGCCCUGGCGCAGAGUCUUUUUGCCAGCGACUUGCGGUCGUCGUGCCACCCGACUUGACAGAGGUUCGGGUCGUGGCGCAUGCGGAGUCAGGGACUCCCGACAACUUCACGGCGUGGCUUAGGUCGGCACGCAAUGUCGAACAUGUCACCCUCUGCAUCGGUGGGCUAUCAGAACCCAUUCCGUUUGAGCAAGUAAAGGGCCAUAGAUCGACGCUUCGUACGUUAGUCCUGGAUCCUCGGCAGAACCUCAUAGACCCUUCGUCGGUGCUCAAAUACAGGCCCGGCGAUCUCCGCGAAAUCGUCGAGCAGUGCGCUUCACUCCAAACGUUGGGUCUGCCUCUGGACUUGCGCAACUAUGAGUCUCACCUUCGAUAUACCAGGUCGCACCAGAUUGUAGGGAUCCGCAUCGCUUCUCAUCCCUUUGUUGUUCGCGGCUAA